AUGGCGAGUCCACGAACAAGUUCGUAUCGUAGCAAGCACAGCUUAGAAAAGCGCCGGAGUGAGUCGCGGAAAAUUUUGCAUAAAUAUCCGGAGAGAAUUCCAGUGAUUGUUGAGAGGCAUGAGAGGAGUGAGCUACCCGAAAUCGAGAAGCAAAAGUUUCUAGUUCCAGGAAACAUGCUAUGUGGCGAGUUCAAGUACAUAGUACAUAAGAGUAUCUUUAGGCCUGAUGUGGAGGCGCAGUCGGAAGAAAAUGGUCAAGAUGUGCCAAUUAAGCAUUCUUUCAACGAAACGAUUUACAUUUUCGUUUGGAAGAAUAUCGUGCCAAAGACCGGCGAUACGAUGAACGGUUUAUACGACAAGUUUAAAGAUGAGGAUGGUUUCCUGUAA